AUGGGGUCUAGUUUAGACCUCAGAAAGAUGAGCACAAAACGACAAAGCAGAUCAAAGACAGAUAAGGAAAGUUAUGUUUUUCCCCAAUCCAAUCCAUGUCCAAGGGAUUCAGAUAAGUUGAAAGCAAAGUCUGGUGUUGUUGGAAGUUCAACUCAACGUGAUGAGCUUGUCAAGUACAUGUCUAAUGUGCCAGGUUUUCUCAAGCGUUCUGAUGGAGGACAAAACAUUCAAGAAAAGGCAUUAAAUGUUGGGGUUCUAGAUUGGUCACGACUUGAAAAAUGGAAGAACAAGCAAACACAUGCACCGGCUCUAGCUAGCAAUUUCACAUCAUUCAAUAGCAGUGAAGAAUCAUCAUCACGGGCAGCCACCACGUCAUCUACAAUUGCUAGCGGCCAUAAGAAGUUUGAUGAUAAAAAAGGUUUGCGUUCUUCAAAUAUCAAGGGAUCUUACAAAGAAGACCUUCAUAGAAGUUCCAAAUUGUCUUCUCAGCAUGUCAAACGAUAUCAAUAUUCUGAAACUGAAACAAAGACCAUUGGAGAUGAGCACAAAAAGACACCUUGGGAAUUUGAUUCUAUGGUCAAAACUCAGUCAGAUAUGUCAAUUCAUAAGGAGAUGGGGAAUGACUAUUAUAAAACAACUUCAAUAGUUGGAAAUUCUGCAUCAAAGUCCAGGCAUCAUGGGGUCUCAUUAGUUCCUGACGAAAAUUCAAAAGGUAGGGAUGUUGAAGCUAAGAAGAGCAUGCAUGGAUUGCAACAACAUAGCCUCAAGAAAAAGGAGAGAAAUCUUAAGUAUAGUUCUGAUAUGAGACUUCCAUCAUUAAAAUCAAAAAAUGAAGGAGUCUCAUUCGGUUCUCAGAAAAAAAUGAGUUCCAGCAGCAGUGAAGCCAAGAAAAAGAUGGAUCAGCCGCAGGAGACAGAUAUUGAUGUUGGUCAUAAACAAUGCCAUAGCAUGCCACCAAGCAAUAUUGUGCUGCUUCGUCCCCGAAAAGUUCUUCAAUCAAGUUCUAAAGAUUAUUUUCAGCUUUCUGAAUCAAGAACUUCAUCUGAUGAAUUUUUUUCAGAAUCAAGCCUGAGUGAUUUGUCAUACGUUUCCCUUCCUGCGGAGGUUUACUCUGAAGAUGAAUAUUCUGAAAUUCCUAGUUCAAGUGUAGUGUCUUCAGUGACUGAGCAUGCUUCUUCUUCAAAAACAGUGCUACACAGUGUCCAUACUGAUCUAGAUAUUGGUCGUUCCUCUGUUGUAACUAAGAAACUUGCUUGCUCAAAUAAGAUGCCUAGUCUCCAAUCUGAAGGUACUUGCAUUGAAAAGGAUGUGUUAGGCAUCAAGCUAAGAAAUCAGUGUCCUUUUAAUAAUAUGAAGGAACCACAAGACCAUGAAACUACUACAACCCAUUGCUCAAAUAAGAUUGGAAGAAGUUUCAGUUUCAAUGAGAGGUCUACCCUUCCAAAACUUAGCUCCAUGUACGUAAGUGCAAAGUCUGGUCCAGUGACAUCUGAAUCUUCUGGUUGUUUGGAUAAUGCUAAUAAAGACAAGGUAAAUGGUCAUAAAAGAACCAUGUCCAACCCCUUGCUGAGGUUAUUAGACCCUAUAUUGAAGCAUAAGGCAUCAAACAUAAACCGUUCAGCUGAACACAUUCCGACACCAAAAGAAAGCAAGAAUUCAAUCAACUUGACGACAACCAAUCUGCAUGCUGAAAAGAGCAAGGAAUCAUCAGUUCAAGCCCUUUUGCAGCUAACAAUAAAGAAUGGAUUACCUUUGUUUAAAUUUGUGCUCAACGGUGAAAGAAAGGUUUUUGCUGCUAGCAUGAAAACUUUAGCAUCACCAGAGAAGGAUGAUGUAGGAUGCUAUUUUACAUUCUACCUCGUUAAUGAAAUUAAGAAAAAGAGUGGUAAAUGGAUGAGUUACUGGAGUAAAGAAAAAAAUUGUGGAUAUGUCUACAAUAUUGUUGGUCAGAUGAAGAUUUCUAGCUCUAAAAUCACUGAAUCAAGGAAUCAAAACUCCAAGAGACAGUGUAUGGUGAAAGAAUGUGUCCUAUCAGGAAUUGAAACUGACCAGACAGAUCAAGGGCCACCAAAAUUCAUAAAGAGUAGGGAUCUUGCAGCUGUUGUAAUAGAGAUCCCUUACGAAAAUGUAAGUCAUGAAGGACUGCAUAGUAACAAUUUUCUGAAGAAUGGAUGCUUAAAGUGCUUGGCAGAUGAAAGAUGUUUUUGCUGCUUACCAGAAAAUGAUACAUCUGGUAGCAUUAUAGUUAUACUUCCAGGUGGUGUACAUAGUUCACCAAACAAUGGAGAACCCUCACCAUUGAUCCAUCGAUGGAAAGCCGGGGGAGUGUGUGAUUGUGGAGGUUGGGAUGUUGGCUGCAAACUGCUUGUUCUCUCUAACCAGAACCCAAAUUCAAUUGUUCCAAGAAGUUCAAAAUCUUACCUUGAGAGAUUUCAACUUUUUGUUCAGGAAGGGGCUGAGCAAAACACACCCCUCUUCACUUUGGUGCCAUUGAAUGAUGGACUCUACUCAGUUGAAUUCAGUUCAACAAUCAAUCAUUUACAGGCAUUCUUCAUUUCUGUAGCAGUUUUAAGCAGCCAGAAACUACCAAGUUCCUUGGAAAUGAGUAUUAUGCAAGAAGAGAUCAAUAAGGAGCUCAGUUCCAAGAACAACAAUGAACUUCAGGAGAAAGCACCUAUAAAUUAUAAUCCAAUUCCACCCAUCUCUCCUGUUGACAGAGUUUAAUUUCAGAAACUGGAGGCUUUUUCCCCAUUCAUAGUUAGCUGUUAUAUAUCUCCAAGUAGCUAAGGAAUAGCAUAUAAAUGCACUGCGAAAUACUUUUCCUUUCACUUCCUUUUCCCUUUGAUAGCAAUCCCUCAAUCCUUCCCAUUAGAGUACUUGUAGUGGCAGAAAAUGGUAUUCUCAUUGUACCAUUAUAUUCACUGUACAAAAGAACCAUUGCACCAAUACCAUCUUUGUACAAAACACUACAUGAAUGAAUAAAA